AGCACACGAGCUCAAAUUUGUAUCAUGGUAGACAGUUCCACAGCCUCUAUCCUCGUACGAUGGAGGUAUGGGAUGAUCAAAGUGCCAUGGCACCCGGCAGCAGAGGCUGUAAUUCACCCCAGUGCCGUCCAUCCCACCCUUAUUCCCUCUCAUCGACAUCCUCUGCAUCAUUAUCGUGUUCCCGGACAUUUGCUCAUAUAACGACACAAUCCUGCCAUGGCCGGUCCAGCAGACACCACUGCAGCCCCGCCAAUCAAUGAUCCCAAGCCGCCGCGCCUUCCGCCCGAAAUCUGCGAGCGCAUCAUCGACCAUCUCGAUCCGCGCCGUUGGCUCGGAUCCAGACCGACUCUGUUGAACUGCGCCCUCGUUUGUAGAGGGUGGUAUGCCCAAAGCCGCGCGGUCUUAUUCGAGAAACCCACACUCUCCACUCGGAAACAGGCAAUCGCCUGUGCGAGGUCACUGAGGCGGAUACCUCUCCUCGCUGAUCGUGUGCGAAGCUUAGUGAUCGGCUAUUCUUCAGGCCCGGAGAUGGAGUUGGCAUCGACUCUCCUAAUGCUGGCGGGGAAAAUCCCAAAGCUGGCCUCGCUCACGUUCUCCCGCGUCAGCUUUGCUGAGCACUGCUCCAUGCGCCAUUUGGUGUUUUGUAGCUUGCACGAAUUCAGCUAUAUCACAUCGUUGCGUCUACAGCGUGUCAAGUUUCCAUCGGCAAGCUCCUUCUUUCAGCUCAUCUGUUCAUUUCCUCAUCUGCAGCACCUUCUUUGCUACCGCCUGCGCUGGAGCAUACCGAGGUCCAUGGCUCCACUGCCUGAACACCGCCGCAUGCCUUUGACAGAAGUGACUUCUCUUCGCUAUGACCUGUCAUGCUUCAAUGACAUUGGACAUAUUCUCCUCGGUCUUGUGGAUCAUGCUAUCUUCAAAGAACUCGUCCUACGUUCACCAGUCUCUACGGCAGCUCUUACUUUUACUCAAGACAUGCUGAACAGAGCUGGCUCGAAACCAGAGAAAGCAAUAGUCACUUUCCAUGCACCAAAGGAAGAUGCUGAUGGCUAUUUACAGUCCUUGCUCUUGCACCCCACCAGCUUCGAAGCAAAUGUCAAUCUGCAGGCACUGGAACUGGGCAUCUUCACGUCAGAAGUGAAUGAUGCUGCACUGUUUGUCCGGAGUGCGCUGCUGCCUCUGCUCAACACAAUAUCAUCAAGAGAUCUCGAAAUUAUCCAUUUCUCCAUACGAAGCCAUUCGAAAUGGGAAACAGACACCUUGCUUAGUGCAUUUGAUCCAGAGGUCUGCACCCAGAUUGAUGACCUUUUGGCUGAGGGACAUUUUGCCGAGCUGCAAGCCGUGUUUAUAGACGUUCAUUUAGUUCGUAACGCGUUCGAUGACUCACAGCCACAGCAUGUUAUUUUUUGCACAGAGAUCUGUGCGCGUUUUCCCAGACUGAAUGAUAAGAGCAUGUUGAUUACUACUUAUCUCGGACGCGUAUUUCCAAGUGAUGUUGAGAGGGCAUUGAAAGCCAAAACAAAUGGCUAAUAAGCAGUCUCCUCCAACCGAGCAAGCCGCCACACAGGCAAUUACUGCCUUUGCACUCAUGCCAAUUCGCCUUCACUUGGCUCUCCAAAUCAUCCUGGACGUGCAGCUCCUACAGCAGCUCCCCGCCCUAGCCAAAUCUCGUCCCAUUCAAAAAAA